GAGGGGGAUGGACCCGGCGAAACAAGAAAGGGAGCGGGCGCUUUUGAAGCCGCCCGCGAGCAGCUGCCUCCCAGCGGCCGGGUAGACGAGAGCUCAGAACCGGCGGUGAGGCCAUGAGCCGUAGCGCUGGCGAAGCGCUAGGGAAGCUCCUGAAGGUGCAGGCCUUCCGCUUGCCCGGCCGCCACGGUUACGCAGUAGAACUUUCGCCGUACCUGCCGGGGCGUUUGGCCUGCGCUACCUCGCAGUACUACGGGAUUGCAGGUUGUGGAACUCUAGUAGUGUUGGAACAAAAUGAAGCUGGACUUCAUCUUUUCAGGAGUUUUGACUGGAAUGAUGGUCUGUUUGAUGUGACGUGGAGUGAAAACAAUGAACAUGUGCUGGUCACGUCUAGUGGAGAUGGAUCUUUACAAAUCUGGGAUACAGAAAAACCUGCAGGUCCUUUGCAGGUCUAUAAAGAACACACUCAAGAGGUCUAUAGUGUUGACUGGAGUCAAACCAGAGGAGAUCAGUUAAUAGUAUCUGGAUCAUGGGAUCAAACAGCAAAAUUGUGGGAUCCUGAAGUGGGACGACCACUGCGCACAUUCAGAGGCCACGAAGGUGUCAUUUAUAGCACCAUAUGGUCUCCACAUGUCCCUGGCUGCUUUGCCUCUACCUCAGGUGACCAAACUCUACGGAUUUGGGAUGCAAAAUCACCAGGACUCCCAGUGAUAAUUCCUGCUCACCAAGCUGAGGUUUUAAGUUGUGAUUGGUGCAAAUAUGAUCAGAACUUGCUUGUAACAGGUGCUGUUGACUGCACUUUGAAAGGCUGGGACCUGAGAAAUACCCGCCAACCUAUGUUCAGUCUGCUUGGGCAUACAUAUGCAAUAAGAAGAGUGAAAUUUUCACCAUUUCAUCCCACUAUAUUGGUUUCUUGUUCCUACGAUUUCACUGUGAGAUUUUGGGAUUUCUCCAAGCCUGACCCUCUGCUUGAAACUGUGGAGCAUCAUACGGAGUUUACUUGUGGCCUAGAUUUAAGUUUGCAUGAUUCGGGUCAGGUGGCUGACUGCGCUUGGGAUGAAACUGUGAAGAUCUAUUAUCCAUCUUCAUUGGUAGUUCCUGCAUAGAAAGAUUUCUCAAUUGCAAAGAACUGAUUUAUAAGAAAUUAUUUUUGUUUUUCUUGGGCAUCUGCCAUAUUAUGCCUUACUAACAAUAUUAGACUUUAAUAUGAGCUUCAAAAUUUUAAACAUGUGAUUAAGGACCGAUUCAUAUAACAUCUUUCUCAGAACCUGGACUGGAUCAGCAAAAUGAUCACCCGCUGUGUACAGAAUAUACAAUUAUGUAAAUUAUCAACAGGCAACCUAGAAACUUCCAAAUGUUUUGAUCUAUAGUGUUUAACAAUUCCAAAUAGCAUGAUUAUUGUCAAGAGUUAGUGGAAAUUGUACUCCAAGACAUCUGGAUGGCACUAUAAUACUAUUCCUCUUGUAAAUAUUAGGUACAGUUUAGGAACUGUAUCUUAUAUUUAUAAGAGUUAAAAAUACAAAUUUUAUUGCAGUUUUAAGUAUUCUUACUGUUGAAAUGUAGAAUUUAUCAUAAAAGAAUGUAUCAGUAUUAAACUGAGUUCAUUAUGGAAUUUCUGUGCAAUAAUGUAUUAUAAUAUGGCACAUAGUUCACUCAGUUGAUGGUUGUACAGUCUGAGUUUUAUCUUUUUGUUUGUAAGAUAAAUUUUAUAAUCAUUUUCUUGACCAAAGUUAAUAUAUUUUUGGAUUCUGUUAUUUUGAAUUAAACUAUGAUUGAACUAAAAUUACCAAAUUCUGAAGAAAAAAAUGAACAAGACCUUAAGGCCAGAAUCCAGACAAACUAGAAGGAAGGGCCAAAAUGCCUAAGACAAAAGACAGUUAUACCAUUAACAUGCUUAUCCAAAUGGUAUAUAGAUACUUUCUGUGUUUGGCAUUUACUUGCUACAAAGUAAUCCCUUUUUAUGUGGUAUUGAACAUUGUGCAUAUUUGAAUGAGAAUUAUUAAAAUGAAGAGUUAUCUGUUUCAAAAGUCAAUUGAUUAAUCCAUCACAGAUAAUUUAAACUCCCCACAAAGCUACCUGUCAUUGAUUUAAUGGUGUCACAGUACAGAAUGUCUUAUAACAGUGAACUAAACUAUUUUGAAAAAGUUACCAUUGCAUAUGUUUCUUUUUUCUACCAUGUGUAAAGUGAAUGUUUAUACUGAUCGGCAGCUGACAGCCUGGUAUCAUCAGGUUGUGUUAGGAUCUUACCAAUAUUGUUUCCCUCAGCCAGCUUACCGAAGAUGGUGGGAACUAUAAUACAACUCACUUGGAAGAUGCUAAGUUGUAGAAAGUCAACAAAUAUCUCCUAACAAAAAAGUGUUACUCUCUGGAGCUCAAUCUAGUAAUAUGUUUGGUAACUACUUAUGAAGUAUGGCAGUGAGCUUUAAUGUAUUUGUGUACAUCCAUAUUAAUACAGUCUGGCUUUCACCAACCAUUGAAAAUAUAAUUGAUAGAAAUGUGAUAGUAAAAUUGGUUUUCAUCUCCUUGAUCAGAAAUGAAGAAAAAGUCCAAGAUUCCAAAGUAGCCAAAUGUGUAGCUACUGGCAAGUUGACAUCUGUGCCAAUUGUAACUAGUAGAAUAGUCACAUUUUCAGAACUGAACUUCCCUUAUAAACUCUUUUUUUUAAAACUCAGUAUACAGUACCAUCAAUUUUGAAUAUAGUUUCAUCUGCAAUGACCUUUUAUGCUGUUCAUUAGCCAUGUUGAAUAAAGUUCAUGGGAAAUUGUCUGGACAGCCAGUUUUUCUGGAAUAGAGUUAAAUAGAGUUGAGCAGAGCUGAGAAUCUAUUCCUGUCCAGAUUGUAGCAUUGAUCAGUGAGACUUGAUUUUGGUGUUCUUAAUGUUGGGACAAGAUUUUUUACUAUAUGAUGCAGUUUGUUACUCAAUUUCUGCAAAUCACAGAGGGAGCUUGCCAUUUUAAAUACUUAUGUACAUUUUUAAAUUUGAGUAUUUAUGAUUACUAACUUUUCAUCCCUAGGUACAAAUUUCAACAAAUAUUAAGUGCUGUAGAGAUUUGUUCUUGCUUUGUUCAACUUUUAGUUUUGAUUUAUUAUGGGCCAUUAGUUUGUGUCAACUCUUAGCAACAAUGUAGACCUUCAUAUCUUAGGUGAUCCUGAGGAAAUUAUAUAUUUUUGGUAUAUACUUAUAUAUACCAUGAUGGUGCAGUGGUUGGAACGCAAUACUGCAGGCUAAUUCUGCUGACUGCCAGCAGUUCGAGUGUCAUUGGCUCAAAGUUAACUCCAGUGUUCAAUCCUUUCGAGGUUGAUAAAACUUGGACCCAGAUUGCUGGGGACAAUAUGCUGACUUUGUAAAUCGCUUAGGGUUGUAAAGUACUAUGAGGUGGUAUAUAAGUCUAAGUGCUAUUGCUAUCUUUCUUUGACCCUUUCAAGAAUGCUCCUCUGCCCCAAUGGCACAUCACAUUGAGGGAUGGAGCUUAGUUUCUAUAUAAGUUUUCAAAUAAUAAUUCAUAUUUUUGGAGCAAGAGAAAAAAUAAUUAUCAGUUUCUUUGUAGAUUUGGUUUAAUUGCUGAAUCUUUUUUGACCCACAAGCAUCCAACACGUUUAUAGUUAUCAUAAAGGAUAGAUAAAAUACGAGUAUUUCUAGAAACAAAAUUCUACAAGUAGUUAAUAUGCACGUAAGGAUUAAAAAGGCACAAUUUUAUA